CGCUCGUGCAAGGCGCGUGUGAGCGCAGAGCAGCGCGGCGCCUUGCACCAGCGUGCCCAAACUGUGGUGAAGGUUCAGGCCCGACUCAGGCGCGGGUCGCAGCUCUUUGAGGCACAGAACCCCCCUCAUCUCCGUUGAGGGAAAACAGACCGGUUUCCACCAAUGAUGCCUCACCAGGUAGCCCCAGAUGGCAGGUCUGGAGGCCAUUUUCCAAGGUCUCAUCUUGCAGAAGCAGUUGCCAAGGCCAAGGCAAGUGGGGGUGGAGGAGGAGGUGGCGGAGGAGGUGGCGGCGGCGGCGGCAGCAGCAGCGGAAGAGGCCUGGUGGGACAGAUCAUACCUAUUUAUGGAUUUGGAAUCUUUCUAUACAUCUUGUAUAUUCUAUUUAAGCUCUCUUCCAAGGGAAAAACCACUACAGGGGAGCGGAAAUGUCCUUCUACUAUACCUGGAAACAUGAAUAGGAAAAUCAGUGAUUAUGAACUCACCCAACUACAAGAAAAAUUGAGAGAAACUGAGGAAGCCAUGGAAAAAUUAAUUAACAGAGUAGGAUCUAAUUGUGACAGUGGGGCCCAAAAUGUUGCGACAGACCAGGAAAAAAGAUUACUUCAGCAACUACGAGAGAUCACUAGAGUCAUGAAAGAAGGCAAACUCAUUGAUGGCAUCUCCCCAGAGAAAGAAGCUGAAGAAGCUCCUUAUAUGGAAGACUGGGAAGGUUAUCCAGAAGAGACCUAUCCUGUCUAUGAUCAUUCUGAUUGCAUUAAGCGAAGCCAGGACACGAUUCUUGUAGAUUACCCUGGCCCCACUCAGCCCUCUGCUGAAGAGCUAGCAGAAAGAAUGGAAGGUGUGGGAGAUGAGGAUUAUUUGGGUAGUGAAACCUUAUUGUCCAAUUUCACUUCAGGGAGGGACAGCCAUGAGACAGGACAGAAAGAGAAUGAGCAGCCCAGCUUCAGCAACACGGGUGGUGUCCUUCAUCCUAGCCAUAACUUUGAGACGUGCUAUUGUUGUCACUGUGAGGAGGAUGAUCCUGCUGUCGUAGCAGAGAAUGCCGGGUUCCACUCUGACACCUGCAGCGAGGCAGAAGAGCCAACCAAAGAGAACCUGGCUGUAGAAUCUGACAGUGAAAAUGCAGCAGUAAAAAUCCAAGCUGGCAGGGAGUCAAGUGAAGCUGGUGCACUGAGGAAGCGAAACACAAAAGUACAUGAAUGAUGGAAACCAUGUGUGGUCAUUAUAGUAAUGGUGACAUCCCACAACAUCCCACACGUUGUCAAAUGUAUGCUCUUUGUUCGUGACCCAGACUUCCUUCCCUUUCCACUUUCAGCACUUCAGAUUAAUUUCAGUUUGGUAACGACUGUACCAGCACCUACCUGACUUGGAAGGUAAUGACUUCUUUCAUUCAGCGUCUUCGUUGCUUGUUAUUCACCUGCCAGCAGCCCGUGCUCCUUGCUUGCAAGAGACUGCAACAUGUUUGACCAGAGUUACUCUCUUCAGAUAUUCACACAUUCUCUCUACUUUCUGAUUGCUGCCUCUUAAUAACACCCUUUCCUCUGAAAUACUAGCUUUGCCACAGGAUCCUGAUGGUCAGCACUGGGAAGGACUUCAUACCCCGGAGUCCAGCCUCCCUGACUAGUUAUGAAAACAAGGCCAUUUGUAUUAGUGUUUUGAUGGGGAGGAAAGCGUUGAGGUUGUACCUGUGUAGCAGUUGUCAAUUCAUCUAAUCACCUAACUGUCAAGGAAUCCAGCAUGAGCUGCAUUGGUGACAAGAUGCUUUUUCGAUCCAGGAAUAACUGCUUCUGUUUCAUCAGUAAAUAUGACACAGCAGGCAUUUUAUUCUUAGACCACUAGGGCACGUCUUGGUCCUAUUUUACUGAAUGCCUGCAUAUACCUAAGUGCAUCUGAGGUGCUGAUAUCACAUAUCUCUUUCAUUUUAAAACCCUCCUAAUUUUUCAGAAAAAAUGUAUUCUGAUGUUUACAUUGAAUAUAUGAUGACAUUCUUGCUAUUUAUGAAAGCUUUCUACUUUGGAAAAAUAGUUCAUUAUAGAAAAAAAGAGAAUAUAUCUGAGACGCUAUUGAAUGCUUUCCCUUUUCUAUUUAGAAUAUCAUUAUUUUGACACUAAACACAUUUGUAGUCAGUUUUACAUUAAACAGUUUCUCCUUUUGUCCCCUCAGAAGCUGUCAUUUUUGCCCCAGCAAUUCCUAGCAGGCUGUUUUGCAAACAAGAUUAUAGGUGUCAAGGGUUUCAAUCUGGCUUUUAAUAAUGGAAAAUGAUGGUUGAAAGUGGCCCAAAAGGCACCGAAGACCCUUUAAACUUUAAUCUUGUCCUCUGUGAAGCGUCUUCCUUCUCAAACCAGUUGCAGUCAUUUCCUCCAAAUUAUAUGCAGUUCUGCUGUUGCCUCAGAGAAUGAAUUGGAAAUAUUGAACAUUCCCACUUCAGCAAAUGAACCUUCAAGAAAAAUUCUUGGAAGAAGAGCUGGCGGUGGCAGGUGAGCUGGUGAUGAGUGCUUUUCUCCUUCAAGUGUGUACAAUAGUAUUGCUCAGGUGAUAAACAUGUUUCCUUUCAGCCUAGAUGGGGCACUUAAUGCUACUUCAGGGCCUACAUUACUGUUGAAAUUUUAUUAAGAAUCCAUAUUGGGAGCAUUGAAGGGGAACUGUAGACAUAAACGUUAAACUUCACAGCAGCUGAGCUGAGAAGACAAAAGGAAUAUUGUGGGAGGGAAGGGAGGGGAUUGUUAGGCCUUGCUGGUAAAUGUUUGCUGUAUUGAAAUAUGAAAAAUAUGACCAAAUGAUUUUUUUAUACUGUAAUUUUCCCUUCUAUUCAUGUAUAUGCAUGGCUGAAUGGAUGGCCCUUAUGUGAAUUAGAUGAUUUAAUAUCGUAAUGCCCAUACUUUGUGAGCAGUGCAAACAAUACCCAAACAACCCUCUUGCCAAUCGGAACACAGCUUUGGGUUGAAGAAAUCAAAAACUGUGUUAUAAUGAGUUUGAUUGAUUUUUAUUCAUUGACUUUAAUGGGGCUGGGACUUCCCUCUUCAGUAGUUUGUCUGUCAGCGUUCCUUGUUGGCACCACACCAUCUCAGUCACUUACAUACACAUUGGAUGGAAGUCUGUCUUGUAUGACAGGAAUCAAGAAUCCAGUGAAUGUUACUGCUUUGUGUUUUCUUUUGAAGUUUGCCAUUAAUUUUAUAUGCCCGAACUAUUUGGGUUGUUUUCAGGCUAAUAUAUAACAUGGGAAAAUAAAACCUUGUUCCUGGAGCAGAGUAACUGCAACCAGGGAUGUGAUGCCACUAUAUGAAGGCAGCAUUGUGCAGUAAAAUACAUCCUUCUCCUAUUUUCAUGACAGCUUUUUGAAAUUCCUGAUCUUUCAACAUUCAUUUUGAUAAGUAAGCCAUUGGGCAUGGCACACAAGGGAGAACAAGGAAAGGUGGCUUUUUCCUCAGCAUAGCUUACAGCAGGUCAAGUAUAGCUCUAAAGCAGAGGGCAGCAGCCUACAGACUGGAUCCAGCCCAUGGACCCAUUAAACCAAGCAACAGAGCUGGGGCUUCAGCAGUGGGAGACCUCAGCAGCAUUCAGGAGAGGGGGGGCAGGUGGGGCUUUGCCUGGGGCUUUCAGGGGAGUGGUGGGUGAUAGAGAACAGUGGCCAGGGCCUAGUGCCAGCCUACCUCACACCCAAACGGCACCUUUCCAGCUUUCUGUUGGAAAACGUUGCUGACCACUGCUCUAAGGUACUCUGACAGUAAUUUACGCACUAAAACUUCUGCUGAUUUCAGGAAUAGGCAGGGCGGACAUUGCCUCGUUGUCCUAUCUCCUAAACAACCCAUGACAUGUCUUAUGUAGUGGAAGUGGUCACUAGAAAAGCAAUCUUCUUCCACCUUGGGAUUCCCCUUCGUCAGCUUCCACACAGGAGGAGCCUUUAGCUGCUUUAUGAUGUUUAGGAUCUGGCCCAGUCUUCCCAUCUGUGCUUCCAGAAUGAGGUUUCUCUUCCUCCAUAUUUAGUAUCUCUGAAUUAGAGCAGUCAUAGCAGAUGACCUCAAUCACAGCAGAAGCUGUUUCACACUCUCUGCCUCAUAGCAGUCACAUGCCUGCAGUCAAAUGCUCUUACCACAUGUUUGGUUUCUGCUUGCCUAGCUUCAUUCGAACCAACCAACAAAACCAGUGUCUUUAUUUAUAAAACAUUGUGCUACUCUGUUUCAGAAAUAUGUUAAUACCAAAGCUUCAGCCUAGUGCAAGUGCCAUUUCUUUUCCAGCUGUGUGCAAUGACAGUGUUCAUUAAAUACUGUGUUACCCCUGCAAAUAAUUAUUGGAGAGACAAAUGGAGCUGAUGAUGACCACUUAUAUGUAUUAAAAUAGGCUAUUUUGCAAAAGCAUCAAGAUCUGCUUGCUAAGGUUAUGUAUGUGAUUUGUCAAAGAUAUUUUUUAUGAAACUGGAUUACCACCAGUUGGCAUUGUUUGUUCCUCUCUGUAAAUGAUAUGGUAUAGUUAAAUCUUCUGAGAAUGAGACAGGAAUCUAACCCUCAUGAAGAAGAGGACAUCAGCUCAGUUCUUGACCACAAACAACAUUUUGGGGCAGUUCAUGGAAGUGCAGACUUCUGGAAUGCUAAGUUUCUGCAAAGCUGUGCUUAUGUAAUUUGGGUUCCUAUUGUUUAUAAGUGUCUGUCAGUGAAAUUCAAAAUGUCCUUUGUGGGUAUUCUUUUUAUUAUUUAUGAUUGAGACUGGCAGCAUAUUUCAAAGUAUAACAAUAUGGAAAUAACCUUAUAUGUAAGAGGCAUACGGAUGCCUUAGAUACCUAGCUUAACACUGUAUUUAAUAAGACUAAAAUGUAGCAAGUUGUUUUUGAAUAAUAAAGUCAAACUGCUGGCCAAGUGGUAAACAGAAGUGUAAUCUGAAAGUUUGCAAAA